AUGGACGCGGUUGUGAGCAGAGACGGCUCAGCGGUGGUUCUAACCAGCGAAUCAGUAAAGAUGAAAGCUAAUUCAGCCGCUUCGAUCAGACUACUCGACCUCACAAACGAAAUCCUGCUCGAGAUCACAUCGCUUCUGCCGGACCGGCACUUCAGAUGCAGCCUCUUCGAAGGCGCGGCAAAGCAGUCCUUCGAGCUGGCAGAUCUUCGCAACGCCAGACUCGUUUGUAAGGCGGUUGCUGCCAUAGGGGAUCUAUGGCUCACUACGAAUCUUACUCGUCUAUAUCUGGACGCCUCACCAAAGUCGCUGCGGACGUUUGAAGCUGUGUGUGGCCACCCUCUGUACAGCAAAGCAAUUCGAGAGAUCGUAUAUAUCGGAAGUCGGAUUGCGGACAACCUCCGCGACUGGAAGGAGUACUAUAAACAGGCCGUUGAUUGGUACAUGUAUGAAUCGAUCAGGGCCGGAGAAUUUUACGAAGUAGAAACCUGGCCUUACGACCAUGACAAAACGUUGGAACGUUUCUCCCCUUCUCUUACGCCAGAGGUGGUGCAAGCGAUGGAACGCAUGCAUAAAGUGUAUAUACAGCGCCUGGAUCGUCAAGAGAGUGAGCUUCAUUCCAAAGCCGACCUAAUAGGCCUAACCAAAGCGUUUGAGAACAUGCCUAAUGUCACGUCCCUCGGCUUCAUUACCAGCACCGAGACUGGAGCGGUUGGAUGGAAUAUGCCAGAGAUUUGGCAUGAUAACGAUGGUACCAUUGUUGGAUAUGACACCACUAUUUUCCAGCCACAUAAGAUGAGGAGGAUCUGGAGCUGCGAGAGCUUCGGAGAGUGUGACGAAUGCGACAAAGCAGACAUGUUUGCUGAAGGAAGCUUUCUUUACCAGCGAGAGAGUUGGCAAGGAUUCGACACCCUCAUGGAAGCACUUCUUGACAGCAAGAAUACCAUCAGUCAACUGAAACUAGGGGACAACGAGACGCGUAUCCCAGUCGACUUUUUAAGGCCGUAUCCUGCGCAAGUCCAUGUCAACACUGGCAGGGUCUUCGCAAACCUCAAACAAAUCUACAUCAGUUUCUCGAUGGAGUAUCAAGGCUUCGCGGCCAGGACUCUCUUCUCGCCAAACGCCCAUCCUCUUGUGACUGUUUUGAGUCAUUGCCACAACCUCGAAUUACUAGAACUGAUUGACGAUCAGAGAGAUUUUGUUCUCUUCCCUGACGGCGGCGAUAGCGACACAGUCGGCCUAAUCUUGACCAUACAUUUCCCCAGACUCAAAAAACUAUUCCUCAAGGAAACAGUUGCAACACCAAGGGCGCUUUUGGCAUUCUGCGAGGCACACAGGUCGACUUUGAAAGCUUUAGGUUUAGACGAUGUUUGUCUAUUCCGCAGUGGUUACGAUUCUGAUGGUCGUCGGCGGCGUUUCAUCAACAAUACCUGGCGGCCAUUUCUCACCAAAAUUCCCAGUAUCCUAGCUUUGGAGGAAGGUUUGGUGAAGAUUGGCAGACGCAGGGAAUAUCGGGAUCUAUACGAAUGGGAGAAAGAGCUGGGGAAAGACUGUAGAGGGGCGAGUCCGACGAGGUGUUCGAAAGAUGAUUGCUGCAUUAGGGCCUUCAAUCGUGGCUCUGAAUAUGACAGCGACAUGGGAUCCGACGUCGAUAGCGGAACAUUCGACUUCUCGGAUCAAAUCAUGACCAGGAAUAGGUCAUGAAUGCUCUAGACGAUAACCUGGACUUUCUAAACCACGUUAGUUGGUCGAUCCAGGGGUUGGUAGCACCACUGCUCCUGUCUGACAUCCACUGAUGAAUCCGACGAGGCUCACUCCGACUUUCUUGGCUGGGGUGUUCCUUUACCCCACCUACUUCAUCUUCAGUCCGGCUUUGCCUUUCAUUUGCUUAACACGCCAGCGAGCUUCGCUUAGGCUUCAUGAUCCUGCCACCAAUUCUCCCUCCCUUUAUCAAUUUGCGGCCCUGCUUCUUCCCUUAUGUCAUCUGCCUCCUGUUCCAUAGAC